AAUUCGUUGCCGAUUUGCCAUCCGUAAACUCCAAACCUCACCAAAAGCCUCGGAGCACUUGCUCUCUUUCCAGUAACCGUUUCCCACCAAUUCUCCACUAGAGUUGUGUACACUGGACAGGAGCGGCACAGAAGUAGAGCUCCAAUAUGGACCUUGACGACCUGGAUGCGCCGACCAAGCUUCCUUCUCGAGUCUCCAGAUUCGCGCCUAAAUCAUCAAAGCUUAAAUUAAAACCUAAACUGGAACCACAAGAAUCUGCACCCAAGACUGAAGCCCCUGAAUCAUGGUCUAAACCUGAACCGCGAGAAUUUGAUUCAGUGAAUGCCAAAACGAAAGAGGAAGAAUCCUCGGCUCCCAAUGGCGCCAUUAAAAUGGACGUGGACCCCAAGUCAGAGGGUGAUGAUAAACCCGAACAAGAUGAACCUAUGGAUGAAGACAGCGCCGAAGAUACAGUUGUGCGGGAAAUUGACGUCUUCUUCACACCUUCUAUUGCCACUGACACUCAGUUAUAUGUUCUGCAAUAUCCUCUGAGACCUUGUUGGAGACCGUAUGAAUUGGAUGAUCGAUGUGAAGAGGUCAGGUUGAAACCUGAUAGUUCAGAAGUAGAGGUUGAUUUAUCUAUUGACAUGGAGUCUAGUAAUCAUGACAGGGAGUUUGCUAGCAAACUUAAGAUGACGAAACAGACUUUAUCGACUUCGUGGAAGCCACCUUGUACAAAUGGAUAUGCUGUUGGGCUUCUUGUGGGUAAUAAGUUACUCCUGCAUCCUAUUCAUGCAGUCGUGCAGCUUAGACCAUCCUUAGAACAUUUUAACUCUGGUGGCUCAAAAAGAAAGGCCAAUAUCUCUACUAGCAGUAAUGCCACUAUCAAAAUUGAGAAUUCCGCUGAAGAAAAGUCUGUUGCUACAUCAAAGAAGCAGAAUAAGCAGAUGGAAUCUUCAGUCGGGGAAAAAAGUGAUGGUGAUGAGUACUGGGUUCCUCUCAAGUACCAUAGCUCCAAAAGUGAUCUUUCAUCUAGAUAUUUGCGGCAGAUGGUGGCACAAGAGAGUUCUCCCAUAAACUUUACAAUGAGCCCGUACGAUUACGUUGCUUCUCUAUGUCCUGGAGUGAGCAACAGCAUGUUAUCCAAGGGUCCUUCUAGAAGGUAUCUGCUAUCCUUACCUCCAGAAGAACGUCUUAAGAAAUUACUUGUUGAGGGUUCUUCACUACACCGUUUUAGUGCUAUUAAGCACUUUGCUCCUGAAUACUCUGAGGAGCAACUUCUGGAAUUCCUGCAGCAACAUGCACUAUUAGUGCAAGGACUCUGGGCUCCAAAAAGUGCAUUGUUAUAUCCUGAGGGUGGUGUGGAAAGUUUGGCCAGAGAUUUUGCACUGCUCCUGUUUAGUAAGAAUUUGAAGGUUCAGCUUUCCCAAUUCAACGUUCGAAAUGAUCUUAAUAAACAUCUUAGUAAUCAUAUAAAAAACUUUCUGAAUGUUCUCGGUGAGAAAAGAACUGAAGAUUGGAAAUCUAGCGUGCAACCUAUUGACUAUUGGAAGUUCAGAGAGCAUCCUGAUGAAUCAUUCAUAAAACGCUAUCCCAGUAUUGUUGCAAAGUAUAAAGGCAUUAUGGAGGGCAUGGAAGAGCGGGUAUAUGGUGCUGUUUACAAAGUUGGAAAAGGUGAACCUCGUAAAAAUGCUGUACCAAAGCUUGGCCAAGGCAGUAAGCCUGGACAGGUAGCGACUUCUGAUAAACAUGCAACAAGUGUAGGUGGAGUACCUCCUAUGAGGAUGACCAUGUCAAGUGACACCCGACAUGCUCUUCCAAUUGCCCUUAAAAAACUCUUCCAAACUCAUCCUGUUUGCAGCUUUCAAAAAAUAUGCAAUGAAUUGCGUGGAAUGGCGGUUUCCCAGUCCAUGCAGCCAAAGUCAGCUGCUAAAGUUGCUAUAGAUGCAGCACUUGGACUUGAUGCUCCACCAGAAGAAUUGCAGGCCGUCAUAAGCGAAACUGCGUCCAAUAUCCAUGGUUUUUAUGUCCUGAAGUCAUCACCGAAUGAGCAUUUUAGGGAUGUUGUAAUUGAUAUGCUGCGUGGAAGUGGACCCAAUGCCAAGCUAAGGAAAGCUGAGGUACUUGAAGCUGCCAAAAGAAAACUCAAUAGGGAGGUCACUAACAGCGAGUAUAGCAAGGUCAUGAACGAGUUAUGUGUCUCAAGAGGUUCUGUAUGGGUCUUGAAAACAGAUGAUCGUACUAUGCAAAAAUUGUAGGUCCUACUACUGAUCAAUCAUAUUGACAUACAUCAUCGAGCUCAUUCGUGAUCCCUGCUUCAUUUCUUGGAAGAAGGGAAAAGCGCAAUCAUUAUCAAGACUUGUUGGGAAAGUCAGAAUUGCCGUAAUCCCAUUAUCUCAUCCCAUAUCCCCACUUUUCCCCCCCUUGCUUAUAUAUUCCUGUACACCUGUUUAGGCUUAAACCGUUGGUUUAUUGAAGAAGUAAUUCAGUUUCUGCCUCAUCUCCUUAAUAGUUUGUUCGAUUCCCUUUCACCCACCAAAAAGAGGGAGAAAAUAUUUAGCUGCCCAGUGACGGACCAUCUUCGCGGAUCCACAGGACAGAUUUGAUCAGUGAUAUACAUGAUCAUACUUUCCGCUUCAUCUGCUUAUUGCAUGAGUGUGAUUUGGAAUUCCGGUUAAGACUUUGUGCUCGAGCUUGCACUUCUCAAGUCCCAAGUCUUUGGUGAUAGAGAUACUAACCUUUAGAAUGUUAUUUACUUUGAUAUCAAUCAAUUAAAUCAGCAGACCCUAGGGGAAUGUUAAUUGUAUACCCUUUAUCUUUCUUAAUUACUGCAUCGGAAAGGGUAUCUGUAAUAAAGAACUUUUUAAUUUUCCCAUUA